GAACCACAAAAUGAUUAAACCAUUGCUAAAAAUGAUCCUUCUUAAUGUAAUAUUGAUGUUAUGUUUCCAAAUCAAGGAAAUUUUCAGUUGUCAACCGAGAGUAUCUCACAGGCAACAGCUAUAUUGCAGUUCCAAUUAUGUUUUCCAGGUUCAAGCGGAAGGGGUUGACAAUAAGGGUGAUGAUUUGUUUGAGCGUAAUUACAGAGUGUCAGUUAUAGAUUCUUACAAGGGAAGAAUAGGUACAGAUUUCAAUGGAACCAUCACUGGAAAUGGAUAUUUUAUGUCAUGUGGUCCACAAAUUUUGGAUAAAGGUUUUAAAUAUUUAAUUUAUGCCUACAAUCUUCACGGAAGCAUACGAAUUAGAGAAUUUUACAACAUGACGGAUAUUAAAAAGACAGAUAUAGAUUUAUUCAGGAAAUAUGACUGCUUUUGUCAGAUUGUAACGAAAAAGAAUGGUGUAAUAUUACGCAAUCUUCGACAGGGUAACACAUGUUCCUCUCCUAUACCGAGUGGGACUACAUGCUCCUACAGAAAAAGUUACUGCCGGAGAAACAAACAGGGGGCGUGUGAAUGGGCGUUACAUAGUCAAUGUGGGUAGUGAAACAUAUGUAACACAUGUACAUAUAUUAAAGACCACCGUUAUUG